CUCCGUCUUUUUAAUUAUUUUCUCCGCAAUUAUCCCAUAUCUUUCCCUUUGACGGGCUAUUGCCUCCUAAUAUGAGGAGAAUGAUUGGCUACCUGGCAUGGCUCCUUGAAUCGAGUAGGGUCACAAUAAUUACUCCGCUUCCAAAGAAAAGUUCUCAUCCUAAAUAUAUCCCAAGGAAUUCAAGCGGAAAAACAAUUGUAUCAAGAAUGCCUUUAGCAAUAGGAACAUAUAAAGGAGACCAAAUUAGACAACGCCAUAUCCUCCCCCUCAUCCUUCUCCCUUUUUUUCGUUUUCCCCCUCCCAAUUCCAACCUAUUUAAUCUUGCAUUUUGAACAAUACUUUUUUUCACUCUCACGACCAACUCUCAUUUCAUCAUGAAGACCAAUCUUUUCCUUUGCCUUCUUUUGGCUGUUCUCCAAUCUGCAUUCUUGGCAAAUGCUGAUUCUAUGAAACAAAAGCGUGGCGGUGGUGAUACUUCCACCAUUGACUUAUUCGCAGGUCUCAAAUUACAACAAGCUCAAUACAUGACCGACAAAUCAAACAGUCCAGGUUUUACAACCGAAAAUGGUGCACCUUCUUCAGGUUACUUUAACAUUCAACGUGCAGGCCAAGAUGGUCCAUUGUUGAUUCAAUCAACUCAAAUGCUGGAUUCUUUGGCUCAUUUCGUACGUGAACGUAUACCAGAACGUAUCGUUCAUGCUCGUGGUUGGGGAGCUUGGGGUAAAUUUGAAGUUACGACUGAUUUUGCCGAAAAGUAUAGUUUCGCUCCUGCAUUCAAAAAAGGUGCAGUUCAUCCAAUCUUGAUGCGUUUCUCAACCGUUGGUGGUCAAUCUGGUAGUCCAGAUGCCGCAAGAGACCCUAGAGGAUUCGCAAUUAAGAUCAAGACCAAACAAGGUGUUUUGGAUUGGGUUUUCAACAAUACCCCAGUCUUCUUUAUCAGAAACCCAUUAAAGUUCCCUGUUUUCAUUCAUACCCAAAAGACCAAUCCUCAAACAAAUGAACGUGAUCCUAACAUGGUCUUUGAUUAUCUCUGGCAAAACCCUGAAGCAUCUAUGCAAUUCAUGCGAUUGUUCUCCGAUUUGGGUACUCCUUAUGGUGCUCGCCAUAUGAACGGUUGGUCAGGUCAUACGUACCGAUUGGUAAAACAAGAUGGUUCAUGGGUUUAUGUUAAAGUGCAAUUGUUCACCGAUCAAGGUAUCAAAAACUUCACUGCAGCUGAAGCUACCCAAAUCGGAGGUGAAAACCAAGAGUGGGCAACCAAAGAUUUGUUUGAUUCAAUCGAAGCAAAGCAAUAUCCUUCUUGGACCGUCAAAUUCGCCGUCAAGACUCCUGAAGAAGGUAAGAAGUACCGUUACAACGUGAAUGAUUUGACAAAGGAUUGGCUCGAUGCUACAUGGUACGAGGUCGGAAAGAUGACAUUGAACCAAAACCCGAGAAACUACUUUGACGAAAUUGAAUCAUCCCACUUCAGUCCAAGCAACAUGGUUCCAGGUUGGGCUCCAAGUGAAGAUCCAGUUUUGCAAUCCCGUCUGUUCUCUUACAAUGAUGCAGGUCGUUACAGAAUUGGUUCAAACUACAACAAACUUCCUGUCAAUUGCCCUUUCAACACUGUAGGCAACUACGAUCGUUCGGGUGUGAUGCCAGUAACGGGUGACUAUGGUAAUCAACCAAUUUAUCCAUCCAGUGCAGGAACAUACAAGCCUGCAUCGAAGGAUGAAACAGUUGCUCCACUCAUCAAACUUUACAACAAUGCCACCAUCGAGACAUACGUUGGCGAAGCAACUGAUAUCGAUUACGAACAACCACGUUACUUCUACCAACACUUGAGCGCCAAUGACAAGAAGAAUUUGCACAGCAACUUUGCCGGCGCAAUGUCAAAGGUUACACAACCAAACGUUGUCUCAAACGUGAUCAAGAUGUUCAACAAGAUUGACCCUAACCUUGCUAAAGGCGUUACUGCUGCUAUUGCCGCUGCCAAGAAGGGUUAAUAGUUCAUUUGGCUCUCUCGAAUGAUUUCUCUUUUUCACUCUGGCUUCCAUCUUUUUACGAUCCCUUUUCAUUAGUUUAUAUUUUCUUGAUUUCCUGAUUCUUCAUUGUCAUCCGUCUUUUCACUGUUCAUUUUCAAAGGGUGAUAUUUCGACAGCUUGCAUGUUAGAGAGAGUAUGUGAGGGUAAGG